AUGAAUACUGGACUACAGGAAUGCGUUGGUUCUCCGGAUCUCAACAGCUGGACCUGCGGAUCCAAAAGCACCGAGCAGCUCGAGCACCUGAGCCUUAAAGAGGCUCUAGAGCUUUUUCGGCCAGAUUUCAUCUUCCAAUCUAAGAGACGAUUGCGCCAACUGGAACAAGUGGCCAGAGAGAGGCGGGGCUUACAAGCAGCAGACUCUUUAACAGAGUUAGAGGCCACCAAUAAGCGGCCUCUAAACUGUACCAAGCCACACCCAUUAAGUGAUAACCUUUUUAAACCCAAGGAGAGAGUGAUCUCAGGCAGGGAGAUGCAGCUCAGAUCCAGACGGAUUUACAGACGACUGCCAGAGGUGACAAAGAGAAAAGAGGAAGAAAAGAGAAGGCUGGUAUUGCAAACCAACAGAGUCAGAGCUGAAAUCUUCAAGAAGAAACUUCUGGACCAUAUUUUACAACGAAACAGCGACUAAGGAGCAUCUGUGAACCAGAUUGACAUCCUUCUGGAUCCCUCUUGCCCGUGGCAAAGAGCUUCAGUUUUAAAAGACCUUGGGAGCCCCCAGAUGAGAUCAGUACAGGCUUUUUACAUCGCACAAAAUUCAAAACACAUUUUACUGUUCUUCAGCUAAAUUCAUACAAUGGGUCCUGAAAUGAUCUUCUUCCAAGACAUCUGCAAAUGAAAUGAUGAUUACGAGCCACUUUGUCAGAGAAGAGGACUUUAUUGUGAGACAUUGCUUCAAAUAAUGCUCUGCUUUUUAUCACUGGCUCACCACUGACUGAACGUUAUACAGUAUUAUAGAGCUAAUUAUACAGUUUUCAAAAGGGACCAAUGAAGAGUGUGGCCUGUUAAAUUACUUUUUAUUAUUCCAUGUGUUCUGAAUCAUCUUAGCAUGUCAUUACAGAUAAAUGUCCAGUUAAUAUUGUCCCUAAUAAAAGACAUGUGGUCUGAUGCAUUUUUCAUUCUGAAAUUGGCUGCAAAGGCAUAGUGGGAAAGUAACACAAAAGUUACACACAUGAGUAUAUAGUACAG